GGUGGUGAGACCCGCAUAUCAGCACCUUGAACAGAGUUUGUAGUUGUUUUUGGUUCGUUUCUUUGGACUGUGUGGCAGCUGGUUAGCACGUGAAGCUAAAACUGAGAGUAUCCAAGCGUGCCACUUCCUAGCUGGAGCUGUCAGUGAUGGUUAGCUGGCAUGUAGACGCUCGGGUAUCAGGUGGGGACUCAAAGUGAAGUCUGAUGUGCCAGAUGAUACAAAGGUAUGACUUGCAGGAGAGAUCGUGGUAUCUGAUUAGGCUGGCCCUGCGGAGGAGGUCCAGAGUGGAGAUGCAGUACAGUAACAGAGAGCUGGUGGAGUUCUUUAUAAGCUAUAAACUGUCUCAGAAGAACCACCCAACUCCUCUACUGAGGCCGAGCGAUGCUGGGCAAAGGACUGAGGAAGACCAGGCCAACUCUUGGCCUGCACACCAUGGUGUAGAGGCUGUAAAAUCGGCUCUUAUAGACUCAGGAGAGCAGUUUGGUUUUUUGUUCACACAGUCUUUUCAGGACGUUGCGUCACACCUCAGCAUCACACCUGACACGGCCCAGCAGUGUUUCAAGAAUGUGAUGGACGAGUUGUUCAGGGAUGGGAUCAACUGGGGACGUGUAAUAGGUCUGUUUGUCUUUGGCUCUGCAAUGUGUGCGGAUUGCGUCGAAAACAAUAUGAGUGAGAUGGUACCCCACAUUGCAGAUUGGAUGACUGUGUAUCUAGAUGAGCACAUUAACCUGUGGAUCCAACGACAUGGAGGAUGGGACCGCUUUACUGAGAUUUUUGGAAAAGGGAUGUCGGCAAGGAGAUCCAGGGAGUCUCUGAAGAGAUGGCUGUUUGUUGGAGCGGCAUUAGUAACAGGGCUGCUGGUUGGCAUGCUCAUGGCUGAUUAACAAUGAAGGUGCUACAUCUCUGCGGUCAUUGAACACCCUAUGAAACGCUAAGCUGGGGGUGGGGGGUGGUUAAUGUUUACAAAGAAGCCCAGAUCACAUGUGCAGCCACAGAAUGUGGAUGGGCAAAGGCAUUUUGUAGGAGAAUUCAUAAUGUGUAACUUGGUGAGCUGUUACAGACCUGCUUCUCACCUUGCUUUGACCAAUGUCUCAUAUUCCAAUUUUUUUUUUUUUUUUUUCUUUAAUUUUAAAACCCACAACAAUUUCAGUAGAUGUGGCCCUCUCAGAGGGGGAGUGCUUCAAAGGAACCUAAUAAACAGAGCUGGUGAAAGUGA